AUGGCUGACAACAACUCCACGAACUCGACAGCGGCGGGGACCGUGAACAGUGAUCUUAAUCUCACGCGCAUCGGCGCCGAAACCGCCACGCUCAGAGGCAGCUUCAGCGCUGGUGAGGUCUCCAAGAGGGCGACGAUAAGCGAGCAAGACGCAUUGGACCACCAUCAAGGCUCUACAGCUGCCGGCAUGGCGAACGAUGAAGAAGGCGAGGCAACGACGAGCCCCCCAAAGGUGAGGGUGGCCCACAACAGCGAUGGCAGCGGCAACAGAGACGAAGAGGGUGAAGCAGAGGAAGACGAGGAAGAUGCUGAGCACUUGGAGCGCGUCGCGGCGAGUGAUGUCAAGAACAUCAUCCUGCAAGCGUUGAGCCCGUACUUCGACGAUGACGCCGGCGGUAGUGCCGCUGUAGCCCCUGGUGUUGAUCUGGCACCUCCACCCUCCGUGUCGGGGCCCUCAGCGGUGAACCCGAGAGCCACAACACCUGCAAUAGAAGACGACCAUGAUGAGGAGGACACGGCGCAACGCUACGAUCACUUCAAGGCAGAGGAGUGGAUUGCGCUGGUGUGCGACAGCAUUAUGGAACGUCUGGUCGCUCUCGGAAAACCGUUCAAGUUUGUCGUGCACGCGAUGGUGACGCGUAAGUGCGGAGCGGGCGUGCACGUGUGCUCUAGCUGCUACUAUGCCCCCAUGGACGGUUGGCUGAGCCACGCCCACGACCUCUCCGCACAUCUCUACGCAGUUGUGACGGUGUACUGGUGUGCAGUGUAG